UCUAAACCAAUAAGGAUGGGGUUAGUGUCAUCAAAUCAGUAUCCACUAAUUCUCUUUCUACUUCACCACUACUCAAAUCUUCGUGGGGUUAGUGUCAUUAACUCAGUAUCCACUUCCUACUUCACCACCGCUCAAAUCUUCAUGUUGAUGCUCACCCCCGCCACUUUGCAAACCAUCUCCAUCAAGCGAAUCGAUUCAACCCUACUCGGAGACUACCCCACAAGUAUCAACGCCGGCUUCCAGGGACCAACACAUGAACCAGAUUCUGAAAGGGCCGAAUCCAUGGAGUUGUGUGGUGGUUUUUCCUUUGAUUAAGUUGCAGAAAAUGACUAUGGUAACGAAGAGAAAGAAAAACAUCAAUUAUCAUUCCACCAAACUACUCUUCUUCCUUCCAGUAAGUGCAUCUCUAACAUCAAUUAUCAUUCCACCAAACUACUCUUCUUCCUUCCAGUAAGUGCAUCUCUGGUAUGACUUAACUAUUAAAUUAAAGUAUAUAUAUCUAAUAUAUACAAAUACAUAUAUAAACAAUAAUGUUAAAAAGACUGAAGGUACAAGUCAAAAUAGAUGGAGAUGGACAUGUCCCAACCAUAAACUCCCGGAAGUGGCUACAAGUCAUGAAACUAAUUGAUUGAUGUCCUACAAUUGCAGUUCCGGUAAAUUAAAUCUUGAUGUUUCAUUUUCCAUAUAAUUAUUAAAUAUAAAAAUAUUUCACCUCUUCUUGUGACAAAAACUCUUGAUAACCUCAUUUUAGACAUUUAACAUACUGUUGUUGGUUGUUUCAAUGACUUUGUAAAGAGGUAACUAAUCACAUGAUGUGUUUCUCUUCAACAAUGGAAGUGCUUGGAAUAAUAGUUUAAUUGAGAUUUUUUUUAACUUUUAUGUUUUAAGUUUUAGUUUGAACCAUAUGUACUUUUGGAUGAGAUGUUGAAUGUUACCGAACAACUAUGUGGCCCAAACACAGAAGACAAUACAUAUACAUAAAGUUGUUGUUA